AUGGAGAGAGGUCUCGUUAUUGGAAUGUUUUUGACUUUACUAGCGUCAGUAUUAGUUAAUGGAGAUUUUCAGUUACAAAAUGUGGUUUGCGAGUCCUUCGACGCCUCCUAUUCGAGUUUCGAGCGCUGCGAGAUGAAAAUUAUUCGACGCGGCAUGGCGGCCUUCUACAUGGUUUGGAAACUUUACAAAGUGCCCGUCAACAAUGUGGAUAUUAAUGUCUCACUGUACAAGAAAUCAAACGGAUAUCGGCCAUUUCUCUUCAAUCAGACCCUGGAUUUUUGUUACUACAUGCGGAAUCCCAGGGCGCAUCCAUUAAUUUAUAUGAUGCACAAGGUAUUUUUAUCAGCAUCCAACAUAAAUCACUCCUGUCCCUAUGAUCACGAUUUGAUAAUAAAUGAUUUUACCUACAAGAAGAACGAUUUAAAAGAUCUACCCAUACCCAAUGGAGAUUAUAUGAUAAAAGUGAAAGUGGCAUCGGAUAAAACGUAUCGCGCAUCUGCUAAGAUUUACGCAAAAAGAGUUGAUUAA